AUGGAGGUGCUAGUGGAGACGCCGCUCAUCGCUUUGGCGGUGUUGCUGCUGCCCCAGUUGGUGGUGCGACACAGCCAGUUCUCGUACCACUUCACACUACUUCUUCUGCUACUCUCCGGCGCGAGUACCCUGCUCUUAGACGGGAGACACCGAUGCGAGUGUUUCAUCACCCCCGCCGAGCGGGCAACCGCGCAGGAGGCCUGGCGGCUGUUCGUGUCCAAGCCAGCACAGAAAAAAGCCAACCAACUCAAAACCAAAAUUGUGGUGAAUAAAAAAAAAAAAGAAGAAAAUUUAAAAAAAAAAAUAAGUAAAGGUGUAGAAUUUAAAAGUUCGUCCAAGUAUAAAAUAAUUGAAGACCUACUUGAAGGAUACCCAUACACAUCACUACCAGUACCUGAACAAAAUAUACAAAGAGAGCCAUUCAUAUUGCUUAAGGGAAAAGUGAAAGCAGAAUUUUUACAAGGCAUGGAGUUACCCUUUGGACUCAUAGACCCCGUAAAAUAUGAACUGUUGAAAUUAAUUGGAAGGCUAGGAGACCCGUUCAGCAACUUGUGCUCUCAUUCAUUAACACCAAGACUUCUAAUCGAUUCUCUUUUUAAAAAGCAACCACAACUAACGUUUAAUGAAUUCUGUUACAGACUCGAAUAUAAAAGAAAGUUUUUAAUGCCGUCUUAUACAAAUAUUUUCAUGUAUGAAAAAGAACUCCUGUGGCAACAAUGGAUGGCUGUGCGAAAUUUAAAAGAGGUGUCUCCUGAAACCCCUGAAGAAGAUCAUGAACGGGUUCAGAAAAUUCUGCAACCAGAUGAAACAACAAUGCAAAUCGUUAUGGUAAAGGUUAACAGAGAAAUAAAUAAUCAGGGGGUCCACCCAGCCAUCCUUAAAAUGUUUUUUCAUUUUUUAAAUGUACAAAAUGAUCCUCAUCAUCUCAACCGUGAUUAUGCUUUUUUUAAAUUAGAAUCGAUAAUGAGAAAGGUUAAAAAUAGGGACUUCCUUGAAGGGAUCAAGCCAGAUUACAUCUACCUCAUGUUAAAUGAAAAAGCUAAAGAAGCUUUUGCAUCUUAUAAUAAAAGUGAAUUUGAAACGACCUAUCAUGAGGCACUGAAUCAUAACAAUAUGAAACAGAAGCUGCUCUCACAAAACGCGACUUAUAAAAAAGAAAGAAAAGUGUUCUCGGAGAAGACGAAGACAUCCCUCAUGAAGUUCUACGACAUUGAACUGCCUUCCUUCUUCAAAGAGUAUGUAAAAAAGAAGGAAGAAAAUUACAAAGUCAUUCAUUCGAAGAUUCACAAAAUGAUCACCAAUAAGUACCUCAAGCGGAAACGUCGCAGGGAGGACAUACUCGCUGGACGCAUCACCCCGCAGGAGUCAGCCGUAGGGGACGAUACCCCUGAGGAUGAGACCCAGCCGCGCAAGAAGAAGAAAAAGAAAAGGAAAAAGUGA